ACCACAAUAGUUGUUUAUCGAAAAGUUGAUUAUCAUUUACGAUUUACCUCCAAAUUGUAAAGUAACUAUAUAAUUAUUUGCAGCCUACGCAUAACAUUGGUAACCCUUGUUUUUUGACUAAAUACUUUGCUAACCAACCCAAUACUGAAUUAUUUAUGAUAUUUAAUAUUUGAAUCGAGUCCAGGACAUAUAACCUACUACACCAAAUAUUGCCUGAACCGAAAGGUCAACCCUCGUUUUCUCAAAUUUUCCAUUUCAGUCGCGCCUAAUUUAGAGUUCAAAUUCAAUUGUGCAAAAAAACUUACAAUUCCAACAACCUAUUUCGAAAAGCAACCUACAAAUUUUAUUUAUUUCAGAAAUUCUAUUAAUAUCACAGCAAGAAUCAACAAUAAAUUAUCAAAUUUUUUAUUUUUUUUGCUCAUAUAACCAAUUAAGCCGAUCGAACUAAACCAUAAUCACACAUUAUGAGUAGAUUUCGCAAAAUUAGUAGAUCACAAAGUGUCGAAAUAAUUAAAGAGGGCAACUUGAUUUACGUUUCAGAAAAGAAAAAUUCGUCAAUCCAUUUAUGGCAUAGACUUCGCCAUAAUGGCCACACAUGUCAAUUACAUAACAGAACGGCCAUACUUUUUAAAUUCCCAAACGGAAAAAUUGUUUUCAAGUGUUAUAAAAAAUACAAAGCUACACAUAGUAUCGAUUUGUCUCUUGUUGUCUCGAUAAAAUCUGUCGGUCAAGCUUCGUUCGAAAUAACGACCAGUAUUGAGUCACAUUUAUUCGAAGCAGCGACUUCGGCGGAACGAAAUCGUUGGGUCAAAACAUUUCAAAGUCUCGAGGACGAUAAAUGCUUUAGUUUUUCACCAUUUUACAAACUGGAUGAACCUUUGGUUCAAAUAGCAGAGCAACAAAAUAAUCGAAAAUACGAAAAAAUUUUCGCCAAAAAUGAGAAACUUCGCAACUUCUCCGAGAAAGACAGCGACGAUCUUCGUCGAAAUGCGUUGGAGAAAAUUUGGAGCCGAAGACGCUACGACACAUUUGAGACGACUCAAAGUCGGAGCGAACGAAAUAGUGAUGGAGGCUGCUCCAGCUUCGGCACUUCAGAAUGCUCGGCUUCGUGGGCAGUGAACGAGUUAUGCUCGCCGUUUGCAUCGAGCAGUUCGGUUGUGUUCACGAAUCCAAACGAAUCAGAAGUCCCAGAUUUGCUCGUGUUCGAGGAGGACGAGAUACGACGUUCACAGACAACUUCGACCUGCCAACCCCUCCAAUGCUCCCCCACCCAAAAAGUGAAGUAUAUCAGCCUAGCACGAUCAGUUUCUGACGACUCCUCCAACGGCACUUUGCGACACCCGACCGUCGCCUCCAGAGACCAAACUCCCCCCGCAUUUGAAAGUUAUUACAACCAUGAAAUCGCAAAUUUGAGUUACUACAAUAGCCGGCCGCAAAAAGCGCAUCGAAUCCGAAUAGGCAAACAGCCGACGAGCAAAAUAGUAUACGAAAAGUUGGAUCGAGAGCGCAUGGAGGCAAUUGCACAAACAGAAGCUCAGUGGCAGCAUUUUCUACACUUUGAGCGAUGUGCCAAGUCUACUGCUGCUAAACACACUCAAAACUUCCCCAUUUCAGUCCGCGUUAAAUAAAAAUUAAGACAAAAACGUAACUUUUAAACUUAAUUAGUGUAUAUUUCAUUGUUUUGAUUCCCUAUCGUCGUUGAAACUAUUUCGAUUUUGUUGCAUUAUUCUAAGUUGCGAAUCUUUGCUUUCUGUUUUCCCUCUAAAAUAAACUUUAUCAUGCUGGUGCCAAUUUGAAUAGUUGAUUUAGUUAGUUUAGUUUCAAUUUUCUUUUAUAACAGUU